AUGGCCCCCAUCAAGAGUAUCGAGUACUUCAGAGUACCUCCUCGUUGGCUCUUCGUCAAGAUCACAGACCAAGAUGGCAACUACGGCUGGGGUGAAGCAACCCUCGAGGGUCAUACGCAGGCAGUCGAGGGAUGUCUCGAGUUCUACAAGAGCCAGUUUGCUGGCAUGGAUGCCGAUGAGAUUGAGAACAUCUGGCAGACAGCCUGGCGCAAGCACUUUUACCGCGGUGGGGCAGUCUUCAUGAGUGCUUUGUCUGGCAUCGACAUUGCCCUCUGGGACCUGAAGGGACGCAAAUUGGGUGUUCCCAUCUACGAGCUUCUUGGCGGUAAGGUCCGAGACAAGAUCAAGGUAUACGCUUGGAUCGGCGGGGACCGCCCUGAUGAUGUUGCCAUGCAAGCGCAGAAGCGCCUCGACGCCGGCUUUACCUGUGUUAAGAUGAACGCCACUGCCGACCUCGGCUGGCUUGACUCCCCAGCUGCUCUCCAGACUUCCGUGGAUAGAUUAGAGACAGUCAAGAAAAUGGGCCUUGAUGUCGCUGUCGACUACCAUGGUCGAGUCCACAAGGCCAUGGCAGGCCAGCUUGCCAAGCUCAUGGAGCCCCAUAAGCCCUAUUUCAUCGAAGAGCCGCUCCUCUCGGAGAACAUCGGAGGUGUCGCGGCCCUUUCGCAAAAGACGACCAUACCUAUUGCUCUUGGCGAGCGCCUCUAUCACCGCUGGGACGUCCGCCCCUUCCUGGAGGCGCAGUGCAUCGACAUCCUCCAGCCCGACAUCUCCCACGUGGGAGGCAUCUCGGAGAUUCGUCGCAUCGCCGCCAUGUGCGAGACGUACGACGUCUCCGUCGCUCCUCACUGCCCCCUGGGUCCCAUCUCCCUGGCUGCCAGCGUGCAGGUCGACACGGCCAUGCCCAACUUCUGCAUCCAGGAGAUGAGCCUCGGCAUUCAUUAUAACGCCAUGGUCGGCAACGAGGACCUCACGAGCUACAUAAAAAACCCGGAGAUCUGGAGCCCGGUUGACGGCUAUAUUGAUAUUCUGAGGGGUCCGGGCCUGGGAAUCGAGGUUGACGAGGAAAAGGUGCGGGAGCUCUCGAAGAAAUGUGACAUCUGGGUCACUCCUGGCUUUAAUGGCCCUGGAGGCGAGAUUCGCGAGUGGUAG